AUGACGAAGCCAACUCCUACAGUACCCCACGUCCCGAUAGCCAUUCCCAUGGGCUUCGCCGCGCAGAUCAAAGCGCUCCAAGAAUCGCAACGCGACCAAGCUGAGCGCCUCUCUGCCCUUGAGCAUGAUAAUGCUUCCUUACAGGCUUUCAAAGACAAAACGCAAGCCUUAGUGGCUCGCAUCGAAGCGCUUGAACAACACAACGCGCACCUGAACGCGCGCCGCAAAGAGGCUGUCAGUCAACUACUCAACCUGCGCAGCCUCCACCAAGAAGCCGACAACGCAUUCCAAGUCCGCACGCUCGAUAUCCAACCCGAUGACCUAGAGGGCAUGCUGUGUAUAUAUGGGACUUCUAUUACGACGGUUAUGAGCCAUCAUCAACGCAUUCUUGCAUAUUUGCGGACUAGAAGCCAGGUAUACACCGCUCCGACUCCUCUGGUUCAACAGCCGAUCGGUCCUACGCCCAUCUGCUACGCGUAUCCUCCAGCAUACACCCAGGCCGGCUACUGUCGCGCUCAUACUAUUCCUUACUGGUGCCGUAUAUGCGGUCAGUAG